UGAGAUUUCCGUUAAAUGGACAUAAGUUUUACCCUCGCUGGCUGCCUUCUCCACAGCCACCCACUUUACAUCAGGAAGGGAAGCCAGAGCAUUUCCUCCCCUUCUUUAUCUGAAGGAAGUGCCAAAAUAAGCAUCAGCAGCGGAGCGCCCAAGCUCGGACACCUUUUUCCACUGGCCACUCGGUUGGAGUCUGAGGAAGAAGUCAGAGGAGCCCACAGCCGCAGAAUCACCAUGAAGUUUAUCAAAGUUCUUGUCCUCCUUCUACUUGCAUCUGUUCAUGACUUUACGCCAGUUUCAUCAGAUGACUCACAUGAAUCAGUUGAGAAAGGUGAACAUGACACUGAAGAACCAAGCACAGACAAAGCAGAAACAACAACAACAAAAACCUCAACAGCAAACCAAACUACAACACAAGCAGGCACCACAGAAUCAACUGCAAGUUCGACACAAAUAGAGACAACGACGACAACACCAACAGCAGCACAAACAAACGUCACUGUAGCUUCCACUCCCCCCAAGACCACCAGUCAACCUCCUGAGGACGGAAAAACUGAGGCUUCAACCCUUUCAGCAAAGACAACAGAGCACAGUGCGAUGACAUCUUCAGCUAUUGUCCUGACACACAAUGAAACUUUGAAAAAUGAAAAUGAAUCAACUCACUCCAGUAACUCAGGAAACCACUCUCAGAACACGACAGAGAUGGAGACAGGUCAACAUGUCACUGAAAAAGCAAGAACAGACAAAGGUCAACAUGUCACUGAAAAAGCAACGACAGACAAAGGGCAACAUGACACUGAAAAAGCAAGGACAGACAAAGCAGUACCUUCGGGGACACCAGAAGAUCCUAAAAAUGGUGCUGGUUCCCAUACUGACACUGACAAGAAAGUACCCAAAUCAGACAAAAAGCUCUGGUGGAUUCUGUUGCCCGUCCUAUUGGUUGGAGGUGCUGCUGCCAUUGUCCUCAAAUUCAAAGGCAAGAAGAUCCACGAUCACACAGAAACCAUCGAUAUUGGAACCGAGAACGCAUCCUUCCAGAGCAGGCCCGAAAGCACCAAAGAUGGUGUCAUGCUCCUCGGAAUGAAGUCAUCAGGCGACGAAGAAAAUGCUGCCGCGAGAUAGAAAAGAAGAACAUCCACAUGAAGAUAUGCGAGCAGAUGAGUCACACCUGUCGCCCACACACUGUUGCUCUGGAGGAAUAGCUGAGAAGUUUCAUUUUGUUUGUGAAUUUUGUGAAACAUUUUGUGAAGCAGAAACGUGUCGGAACCGUGCUUUUGUUUGAAAUGUAUGAUUCUGUAUGCUGAAAGCGGUUUCACAAAGCGUCGUGAUUUGUGGGUUUGAUCAUGAAUCUCAGACUGAGUAAAUCUCUUUGAACUGAUAGCAUAAGCUCAAUACCAUAAGCAGAAAAACUAAUCCAUGCACCAUUUAUUUCAUUAUACUGUUGUCAAAGAGAAGCCUAAAUACAUCCGCAUAGCUGAUUUCUGUCUACAUGUUGGGCCACGAAACACCUUUUAUGUACAGUGCACUGACCUCAGGUCCAUCACAUAUUUGAUGUAAUAAAUCACAGUUCAUUUUGUGUUUUCAUCACUUUCCUUUGCUUGUGAACCAUUUUGUCUGUUGUGAUGCUCUGUUUUUUGUGUGUCAUUCAGUUUCACCAAGACAUGGCAACUUCUGAGAUGUACUCCAUUUUUACCUUUUUCACAGUAUGUCAGUGAAGUAUUAGUUAAACAUUCUGCCAGGCUUCUCCUAAAGAAAUGUUUUUCGAGCCAACACUCUUGCCUUUACACAACAGCACUGUACAUUCCUCAGUAAUUUUUUGUGCGUGCAUGUGACUAAACUCAAAGUAACAAGUCAAAAUUGCAUUAAUGGUGUUUUUUAUUCCACUAAAUCUAACAUUCAAGCACAAAGACUAAGUAAAGCAGGUGCAGAGGGUUGUAUUUAAAGACACUGGAACUGCUUCAUGGCUGGUAUUUGUUCAUCCCCACCUCAAUUUCCUAAAUAAAUCACUAGAAAAUGG